GUUGGUUGGGCUCUUGUAGAUUGGCUUCGGUUCUUGUGCUCGUGCUCGUCAAGAAGACCUACUGUACUUCUGGAAGAUUCCAUCGUAGGUACUAGACUUCUGGAAUCAUUUAUCAAAAGAUUGUUGUCGUGAAGCAGCAAGCAGGCAUUCAAAAGUUCUUGGAAUUCCCCUACAAGUACAACCUCAACCCCUCCAUAAUUUCAUUUUCUCCCUAAGGACCACCCGCUCCUAAGUAGGUACACUAUUCAAUAAAUAUUCCAUUUUUCAAUCAAUCAACUUCGAGUGAAGCAUCAAGCAGGCAAUCAAGAAUCUCAUAGACACACUAAAUCAGCAGCAAGAACAAUCGUGAGCAAAACGAAAAGAAUGCAGCUUCAAGCCGCUUUUGAAUCGCUGUUCCAUCAUUUUGAUGGACACGGCGACGAGGUAGCGUGUAAUUAUCCUCCUGCUACGUCGACGCCGACAUCGUUUCAGGAACAGAUCUUUGGCAUAACAAGUGAUUCUCAUCAUGAUACCUCGGAGAUGGUGGUAUUCGGACCCAGACGAGGUGGUGGUAGUGGUAAUGAUGACGAAAUGAUGAUAGGGGCGAGUCACAACGACUACAACAACAGACGGCAUGAUCAUCUUCAGCGUGGAUCCCCUCAAUUUCGGAGGAGCAGGCUGAUUCGGCGUGUAUCUUCAGCUUCUAGAGGAUCUCCAUCUCUCUUCACAACAUCAAUACCUUUACCUCAAGAAGACCUGAAUCUUCUGCAGCAUGAUGCGCAGCAGCAUAAAAACCGUCUUGUUCUUCGUCUUCGUCCCCAAGGAAGAACCACGGCCGCAACCGCUUUCGUUCGCAACCAACAUUAAGGCUCAGCUUUCAGUGGUCAUUGGGGUUGCUUGGUCACUGAGAUCCCUCUUGAGAGAACAGGGGAAAAUGAAGGAAAAGCAAAGGGAGAGGCAUGGGGCCCAUUUCUUUCAGAGUCAGUGACCAUUGAAUGCUGAGCUUUAACAACAACUGGUACAACCACCUCGUGUCCGGAUCAAAACAUCUUCAAGAAGAGGAACCUCCUCCUCCAGGACCUCCACUAGUCCUAGUGCAGCAACUACUGCUUUCGUUCCAAAAUUUAUCAAGGGAGUGCUUGGCGCGCAAGCGUUGAAUCGGGUUGAGGACAAUCAGAUGAAGGUGUGGCUCUUUGACCAGUACCAGCUGAACCAAAGCAACGAACAAAAGUUGAUGGAUAGUGGAGCUUUUCUGAAUAGUGGGAGUCCUAAUGUUACGGUUAAAGUACUGCACUAAGUCAAACCGAAAAAUACAAUAAACCUAGAAGUGUAGUACAGCUAAGAUUAUAAUUAGCACUGAAUGUUGUCCUAGUGCGUUAGCAUUACGUCGCAGCUUUGGCACUGAUUGUCCUAAUGCAAGAUUAGCAUUACAAAACAAAGACUUUGUGUUCAAACCAGAAUAUACAACCAAUAUAUAAGAUGAAGAAGAACUGAACGGUUCCGGUAUUUGGUAACGACCUGAAUUCGAUCACAAGGGUUCCCUUCUUGUUCUCCCUUGUGAUCCAACUCAGGUUACCAAAUACCGGAACCAUUCGAGAACUCUACGUCCUGAAGGUUAACACUCACUCAACCCUCACUCAAUAUCCUACUACUUCACGUCCGCCUCCACCUCUAAUCUUUGCCCACCAGAGGAGUUUGCUGGUGCUGCGGAUCGCUGGGCUGAGGAGGCGCAGACAAGGGUGAGAAAAGCAGCAGUAGCCAUGCAAUAUGCGGUGGCGAAAGCCACACAGGCAGUAACCCACGCACAAAAUGCAGUAGUCGACGCCGUAGAUGCGCAGAAUAACUGUGUCUGCCAACAGCCAGCAAUGAUGGUGAAGAAUCAGUUAAGGUCGCAACUACAACUUCUAUUGUGAGAUUAUUUUUUCGUUGCAUACCUACGCAUCGGAAAAUGAAAAACGUCAACACUAAUGUGGGUCGUCCUUAGGUAGUUUCAUUUUUCAACAAAUGCAAUACGUGAACUAAUCCGUUAUAGCCAAGUCGAAUGCUGCUCCCAAUGCGUAUCCGUAUCCCCGUGGAGAUAUAUCUCUAACCCGAGGAGGAACAACAACAAGUGCCGGAGGUAAAAGUGUUCUUCCAAUCGAGACGUUGGAGGACAUCUUUGCUGAAAAUCGGACCUUGAGGAGGAAAGCUGAUGUUUGCAGGAACUUGGUUGAAAAAGGGGUAAUCGAAUCCAUCACCCGUGAGAACGUUGAACUCCGAGCGAAGAAUGCAAAACUAGUUAUGAUCAUGUUGGCUCAUUAUCUUAUCAUUCUCCUAGUAGAGUUCGAGUUGUAGAUGUAGUGCUUCUACUCUUUUUAUUUGGGUACACUACUGCAUUAUCAUUCUCCUAGAGUUGUAGAUGUAGUGCUAGUAUCAUUCUCCUAGUAAAGAAGUUCGACGAGUUGUAGAAGUAGAUGUAGUGCUUCUACUCUUUUUAUGUUCUUGAGUAGAGUGUUUCUUUUUCUAUUCUUUUGGAGAAUAUGUUCAUGUUGUUAAAAAGAACAACAAGAAUCCAUCAAAAUCGACUUUUCCUUCUCCUGCUUCUAAACACUUCUGCAUAACCACCAGGUGUAGGUGCAUAAGUAAGUACCCAGAUAAUUGCUCUUCUAAACCCAAAGCAGAUUUCGCAGAGACUUCGAAGAAACUACUAGUCGCAGAAGCGAAAGGCAAGUGGUCUACUGGUGCCAAAGUCGCUGUUGCGGGUGGAGCGGUAGCGCUGGGCGCAGGUUUGCUGGCUGCUGGCUACAUGGCACAUAAACUUACGGCACGAGACCGACACUGACGCUUCCCAACAAUUUUGAUUCUAGUAAAAACCUCUUCCCAACAAUUUUGAUUCUAGUAAGCGAUGAUAAGGCCUUCACGAUAUGAUGAUUAAAUGGACGAUAAAUAUUAAGGAUUAUAUCUGGAUUUCUGUCUACUUUAUGUUUUAUUAUGCUAUAUUAGAGCUUGAGCUUCUUUGUGUUUAUGCUAUAGAACUACCAGAAGUUUUAGUAAAAAAAACCUCUUCUUCUAACCAUCACGGCGUCGAUGAUAAGGCCUUCGCGAUCGGGAAAGAAGGGCUUGAGAAGGCGAAAGAAGGCUAUGGCAAGGUGAAAGGUGGUGCCGAGGAUAUCGGAACAGGUGUCGGAACAGGCGUAGAUGCAACCGGCAAAGGGAUAAGCAAAGUUAAGGCUUCUCCCUCAUAAUCCAUCUCCCUCGUGAAGCUUCGAUCCUGGCAGGAAAGAAAGAAAAGAAGAUCAUAAGAGAUUGCAGGAUGCUUCAGGAUACUGGUUGAUAGUUACCCUUUUCUCUUUUCUAUCUUCCUCUGGGGCUCCACCACAAUCAUAAGAAAGAAUAGAGAAAGAAAAUAAUUCGUGAAUUAUCUUCCUUCCUGAUGAUGGAAGCUGUUGUGUCCAAGGAAAAAUAGGAAUAGGUCUCAGAGGGAAGAAGAUGAUCUUCAGGAUGGGUUCGGGUGACCUCGUCUAAUCAAACCGGCUCAACGAUCAAAGGAGGUUUAGAAUUUGCCGGCGCGGAGACCAUCGGAGGCAUAACGGGCAUGGGUGACAAGCUCACAUCCUUGUUCUUGGAGAAAGAUCGGGCUAAAGCCUCUAGAAAUCAUAGCAAUUAUGAUGUUAAUGCUAGCGCUACCACCUCACCAGGAACUCUCCCUUGGAAUCCCUCCCCUCGCACAAGGUCAAUCACAAAGCUGAUGGCAAAGCCAAUACAGUUUUUGGAUUUAGAACCUUUGCUUGCACUGAAAACCAAACAUUAA